AUGGAGAUUGCAAGCAUCAGAAGCUUAUCAGAACUGGGAAUGGAUGAAAUUGGUUUUGUUCACCAGUGGCCUGUAAAUUCAUUUGACGAUCUCAGCACUAUGUCGAAUUGUACUGCGUUUGGUAAAAAUUACACGCUCAAGGCUUGCCCAGGAAAUAAGAGAAUUAGCACAAAUGAUAGACAUUAUCAUGGACAGGAUCAUGUUAUGGCUGAGAGAAAGAGGAGAGAAAAACUCAGCCAGAGAUUCGUAGCUUUGACCGCCCUGGUACCUGGAUUGAAAAAGAUGGACAAGGCAUCGGUUCUUGGAGACGCAAUUAAGUACAUUAAAGAACUCCAAGAUCGAGUGAAGACUUUUGAGGAGCAAACUAGGAAGAAAUCCAUGGAGUCGGUGGUUUUUGUCAAGAAAUAUGAGAUUUAUACUGAUGUCCUUAUAAGAAUCCACUGUGAGAAAAGGAAAGGAGUUCUUGAAAAAACAGUAGCUGAAAUUGAGAAGCUCCAUCUAUCAGUUGUUAAUAGCAGUUCAAUGACUUUUGGAGAUUCUGCUCUUGAUAUAACUGUAAUUGCAAAGAUGGAUGAAGUAUACAACAUGCCAGCAAAGGAUUUCGUGAAGAACUUACGUGCAGCGCUCAUAAUGUUCAACUGA